AUGGAUCCAAGAAUGUGUAGGAAAAUCAGUAGUAGUGAAAGUCUUCCAGAUGCUGAAAAUGUGGAAUUUGAAGUAUCACACAUCAUUGCACCGCAAGAAAGUGAAGAUAAUUUCUUAUUGGAGGGCAGCCCAGAACGGCACUCCGUUACCUGGCUUGACGAUGAUCAAAUAGAUGACUUAGAUGUUAAUUUAGAUCAAACUAAUCUAUUUUUUCAUAGAGUUGAUAGUGCAGAUGUUAUAUAUCGAAGCAAAAAGAAAAAAUGUAAAAUGGUAGGAAAAUAUGUUAUGGGCGACGUGUUAGGCGAAGGAUCCUAUGGCAAAGUUAAAGAAAUGUUAGAUUCUGAAACCUUAUGUAGAAGGGCUGUUAAGAUAUUGAAAAAACGAAAGCUACGAAGAAUACCAAAUGGUGAACAGAAUGUACAGAGAGAGAUACAAUUACUGCGAAUACUUAGACAUAAAAAUGUGAUAGAACUAGUCGAUGUAAUGUACAAUGAUGAGAAACAAAAAAUGUAUUUAGUUAUGGAAUUUUGUGUGGGUGUACUUCAGGAUAUGUUAGAGUCUAGUCCUGGCAAGAAGUUUCCUCUGCGCCAAGCGCAUGACUACUUCACUCAGCUACUGGAUGGCUUAGAAUACCUACAUGGUCAGGGUGUAGUACAUAAAGAUAUAAAGCCUGGAAACCUGUUAUUAACUUUGGACCAGACACUAAAAAUAACUGAUUUUGGUGUUGCUGAAGCUUUAGAUUUGUUUUCUCCAGAAGAUACUUGUUAUACAGGACAAGGCUCACCUGCCUUUCAACCCCCAGAAAUAGCAAAUGGUGCUGAAACUUUUUCUGGAGUUAAAGUUGAUAUUUGGAGUAGUGGAGUCACUUUAUAUAAUAUGACAACUGGACGAUAUCCAUUCGAAGGUGACAAUGUUUAUCGGCUAUUAGAGGCUAUAGGCAGGGGUGAGCCCGCGCCACCUCCCUCUUCCCUAGGAUCUUCCCUACAAGCCCUUUUAAUUCAUAUGCUCAAGAGAAAUCCAGACGAACGACCUUGUGUACAGGAAAUACGGCGGCACGAUUGGCUUCGGUCUCGUCCACCAUUCCGCUCCGGUGAGACGAUGGUAGGGCCCCGGUCUCGCCGGUCUGACGAACUGCACAGCUCUACAGUGAUACCGUACCUCGUGGAACGACACUACGCCUCCACACACCACUACUUCACUGAACAUGAUCUUAGAAAUGAAUUAGGUGACAACGGUUCUCGCACUAUGUCAACUGCAGAAUUAUCGGACGCAGAGUCUACGCAAUGCAAGCGUCGUUGGCAUUCGUCCUGUGGCAGACUGCCUUCGUGUCGCCUCACG